AUGGCAGCUUACACCACUUGCAGCAUUGUUUUACCUGCUGUCCGAUCCCGGGUCUCCUGUCUUGUACUACAGAAGAAAUGCUGCCCUGUCUACACCUCCAUAUCCUUCAACCAAAAUAGCUGGUUACCUCCCCUUUCAAGCUGUCGGGCGCCCUUCACGUUGCCCUACCUCUCCACAUGUGACCGGAAUUACCAUACGUCUAUGUUACGACUCCAGAAUUUACCUCCACCGGAUCCUCCUACACAGUCGCCUCCUACACCGGAGCCUGAGCAAGCUCCGCAAAUUGUGCGCAAGUCAUUGGGCCAGAGAGUGGUGGAUGAAAUUAAACACUUUUAUCACGGCUUCCGAUUGCUCUGGAUUGACACCAAAACGGCUGCGCGAAUGGUUUGGAGGCUUUUACAUGGGCAGGUGCUGAGCAGGAGAGAAAGGAGAAGGCUGAUGAGAACCUGUGCAGAUCUUUUCCGACUGGUGCCGUUUAUGGUGUUUGUUAUUGUCCCCUUCAUGGAGUUUCUUCUGCCUGUCUUUCUGAAGCUCUUCCCGGAAAUGUUACCGUCUACUUUUGAGACAGAAUCCAAAAAGGAGGAAAAGAUCAAGAAGAAACUCGGAGCCAAACUGGAAAUGGCUAAGUUCCUUCAGGAGACAAUCUCAGAGAUGGCACAGAGGAACAAGGCAGAGACCGGGGCAGAUAGACAGCAGCAAUUUUCAUCUUAUGUUCAGCAGGUACGGGUCACUGGAGCACAGCCCUCCACACAGGAAAUAGUGCAAUUCUCAAAGCUCUUUGAGGAUGAACUGACUCUUGAGCACCUGGAAAGGUCUCAGUUGGCCGCCCUGUGCCGGUUGCUUGAACUGCCACCAAUUGGCACCAAUAACUUGCUACGAUUUCAGCUGCUUAUGAAGCUCCGGUCCAUACGAGCAGAUGAUGAGAUGAUAUCAAAGGAAGGGGUGGACAAUCUUACUGUGGCUGAGCUUCAAGCGGCCAGCAGAACAAGAGGGAUGCGCUCGCUGGGUCUGACGGAGGAACAACUCAAAGAACAGAUGAAGCAGUGGUUGGAUCUGCAUUUGAAGGAGAAUGUUCCCCCAUCACUCCUGCUCCUGUCUCGAGCCCUUUAUCUGACAGAUGUAAAACCGAAACCCAUCAUGCCUGUCAAGCCGACAGUGGAGGUACCAAAGACAACAUCAACCCAAACACAGCCUACAGACACUACAGAAAUUCUAACAGACCCAGCUCCAGUAUUACAAGGCAUUCAGGUAAUAAACUCUUUGAAGUCAAUAUGA